GGGGGAAGGUUUAUCUGAGAAAGAAAAUAAAAAGGAGUUGGUUGAGAGGUUGGCGGAUAGGGUACUUAGUAAGGCUAAAGGAAAAGACAGGGUAGUGGAUGGUACUCAGGGUAGGAACGUGGGUGAAGGAAGAAUGGGCUUUGACGCAGAAGAAGGGUUGCAUGAUAAUAUUGCUAGGAAUAGAUCUUUGGAUAAUGUCGAUGGAAAGGGUACGGGGUCUGAAGGUGCUGGGUAUGCAGGGUAUGGGGGUUAUUUGGAUUUCGACCAGCAGUAUGUGGCUCUUGAGAAGUCAAUCGAGAAGACGAUGAAGGCAAUGUUAGGGAAAGUAGUAGGUGAGAUUAGAAAAAGUAUACAACCAUAUGAUGAGUGGUGUAAAGUUGAAAGGUAUAUGGAUAGUGCUAUCUUGAGCAAUGAUUGGGAUAUGAUAUCGAAAGCAAGGGAGGUAGUAGUUAUGAGAGCAUUUGUUUUAAGAAUAGCGAAUCGUGAAGGAUGGAAUAUUGCAGCAGAAAUUGGAGAUAAAUCUUCAAAUGAUCCUAUGGAAGCAUUUUUUCAUGAUAAACUAACAAGAAUGGCAGUUCUUGCACCUAAUCAGGGGAUACAGUGGCCUUUAAUUCAGCCCUUUCAACCUGUUCAACCAUACCAGUCAGUUCAAUCUUUACAAUCAGGGUUUAGCCCAGGAGUAGGACCAUUCUUUAGUGGUGUUCCUCAGGUUCCUUAUCAAGUGCAAGAACGUCAAGCUUAUGAUAAUCAAAUCAGAGGUCAUAUAAUCCAAGAUUGUCCUCAAAAGAAAACUAAUCAGUUCUUUCAUGGGUCGAGCUCUAAGGGGGAAGGAAGUUGCCUACGAUUGGGAGGUAGAGAGUAUACUGAAAGGAGUAGAACAAAAAGAAAGGAAG